AUGAAAAGAAUGGAUAUCUUCUGUGCUUCACAAGCAUCAACAGCAAUAUGUCUUAGCAUGGAACAAGCUUCAUGUUCCUCUUCCAAUGCCAUUCAACUAGGAGGAAGAGUCUUCGAUCGCCACAAUCCUAUUAUCAAUGAUUCAAGAAGAAGCACUUCCAAAACUGUCACUGCUCCAUGUUCUUCUUCUCAGCCACCCAUUGACCCCAAGAAGAAAAGUUCUUUUUCUUCCUCAAAGUCAAAUAAUAGAACUAAAGUUUAUGAGCAGAAGAAGAAAAAAAGUACAGAAGAAAAUGUCAAUAACAGUUCUAAGCCAAUUGAUUCCAUUCUGAAAAAGAGAUUCGUUAAGUUACCUGCUGAUUCAAAUUCCAUCACUCCACAUGGUUCAACUAGAUCUUUGCUCAGUGACAAAGCUAAUUUAGACCAGGUUGUAGUACUGAGGGUUUCUUUGCAUUGCAAAGCCUGUGAAGGGAAGCUAAGAAAACACAUCUCUAAAAUGCAAGGAGUUAGUUCAUUCAACAUAGAUUUUGCUGCAAAGAAGGUGACAGUAGUUGGGAAUGUGACUCCAUUGAGUGUGUUGGAAAGCAUAUCAAAGGUGAAGAAUGCACAAUUUUGGCCAACAAUUGGAUCUGAAAUCAAUGAAGCAAAAUACAUCUAUUAA